AUGUCCAAGAAAUCCCCUCCCCAACACUUAAAUUUCCAACGAGGCUGGCCCUCCACGCGCCUCUGUGCCCGCCAACCCCUCUUCCACAGCGCCCAAAAAGUUCUCGCUCCCACACAAGACAUGUCCGAAAUUCUCCUCUAUGGCCCCGGCAUGGGAUAUGCUCCCUUGAGAGAAUCCAUUGCGCAGUGGCUUAUGGAUGAGAUUUAUUCUUCCCAAAUAUCGCCUCAUCCUCGAGAUGCAACAACAACAACAACAGCAGCAGCGUCGGCGGCGGCUUCUUCUUCUGGUAUUGACGCAUCUCGAAUUUGUGUCACGAAUGGCGCUUCAGCAGCUCUGAGUAGCGUGGUGCUCAAAUUUGCGGAUCCGAGUUAUACGCGGAGGAUUUUUAUGAUUGAGCCGACGUAUUUUUUGGCUUGUCCGAUUUUUGAGGAUGGGGGGUUUCGGGGGAGGUUGCGAGGAAUUCCGGAAGGGGAGGGGGAGGAUUGUGUGGAUUUGGAGUUUUUGUUGGAUGAGUUGAGUAAGACGGAUUGGCCGGAUCAGCCUCUUGCAAAGACUGGACCGCAAUAUCCGCAUAUUUACAAGUAUAUUUUAUAUUGCACGACUACGUUUAUGAACCCUAGUGCAAAGACGAUGCCCCUGUGGGUGAGGCAAGAACUCGUCAAGCUUGCUCGAGAGUUUGAUAUUCUGCUGGUCUCGGACGAUGUAUAUGACUUUCUACACUGGUCUCCCCACGAUCCCAGUGUGAAUAGCACCCCUAACCCGCUACCUCCACGACUCGUCGAUGUAGAUCGAACACUUCCUGGCACCAGCCUCUACGGAAACGCCAUCAGUAACGGCUCCUUCUCCAAGAUCAUCGGUCCGGGAAUUCGAGUCGGCUGGGUCGAAGCUCAGCCAGAAUUUGCCUCUCAACUGGGAAGCAUAGGCUCUACCACCUCCGGCGGCAACCCCACCCAUUUCGCCUCCACCAUCGUCGAACAUACCCUCCGCACCGGCAGCCUCCAAAACCACAUCCGCGACAUCGUCGUCCCCGAAUACCAACAACGCUACCACUCCCUCCUGACCGCUUUCCACCAACACCUCAUCCCUCUCGGCUACGAACUCGACCUGUCCAGCCACAACUCGGGCCUCGCAGGCGGGUUUUUCACCUAUCUCCGUCUACCAGCCAUCUUCAUCACCCAUGGCGUCUUUGCCAAAACUUUCGCUGCGAUUGCGUUGAAGGAGUUUAAUCUUCGCAUCGCGUUUGGACACAUGUUUGUUGUGGCGGGGGAUCAGGGGAGUUUGCAGAGGGCGGAGAGGGAUGGUGGGUUUGCGUAUUGUAUGCGUUUGUGUUGGGCGUGGAUGGAGAAGGAGGAAUUGUUGGAGGCGGUGGAUCGAUUGGUUGAGUGUACGAAGGUGAUUAGGGAGAGGAUGGAGAAGGGAGAGGAUUUGAAUUCUUCUUUGAAGGGGUGA